AUGUCGUCUUCAGCCCCCCGAGGCGCUGAGCGUAUGAUCCAUCAAGACUACAUUGCUCGGAUACGAUAUUCCAAUGCACUGCCGCCACCUCCAAACCCUCCCAAACUUCUGGACAUUCCCAACACCGGUCUUGCUAGUGGCCAAUACACAACGCCAGGUUUUGCAUCGCGGCUUGCCCGAGAGCAGCCUCUUAAUAUUGAAGCGGAUGCCGAGCUUGGUAUGCCAUUGGAUCUGGUAGGCAUGCCAGGGAUCUUUGAUGGUGAUGAGAGUUCCAUCCAAGCACCGUUACAAGCACCCGCUCCCCAUCCUCACGACCGCGCUCUCCUUCGGCCUCUUUCAACCCUUGGCAAGCCCAAAUUUUCGGAUUCUGGCGUUUCCUUUUUGCGAAGAACCGAGUAUAUCUCUUCGCAUACCUCGAGAGCACGAUAUGAUUCUACGACUCCGAGACCCCUUAUUGGCAAUGGUGGGAGCCGGCCGAAGGGGCUCGACCAAGAUGUAGAUAAAGAGUCCCCAGAGUACAUCAAAAACCAGGUGAAGAAGAGUUUCCAGAUCGCGGAGCAAAACUUGAAGAAUCGCAUUUCAGUGCGACACCCCACAAAGCGAAAUCUACAGCUUGUCGAGGCAUAUCCUCUCCUCCCCGACCUCGAUGCUUUUCCAGAUCCUGGCGGUUACGUGACUAUCAAGUUCCUUACAAACCCUGUUCCACCGAAUUCAACAUAUGAUAUUCGGGUCGAGAACAGCUUAUUGAAGCCAAUUGAGGCCACUGAAGAGGAAGAGAACGCAAAGCAACUAGCCAGGGAGGCUCACGAGCGAGACCCGGAACGAUAUCCUGCGCCUGAUGAUAAAAUUGAAUAUGAAUUCUUCAUGACCGAGACACCCUCUGCUGCGCUGAGCUUCAAACGGAAAUUCGAUGUCCUCGAUCCUGAACAUGAGGAUGAAGAGCUCUAUAGUGAUAGGAAUGGGUCUGGUGAAGGAUGCUUCAAAUUCAAAAGAAUUCGCGCUUAUGAGAGUGCCCUUCAGACCGGAUCCGUACCCGACAAGUACGAGGAGGAGGUCAUUAUUGCCGUUCAUGACGGCAAGGAUGGCCUCCACCAGAAGGGGGCAUAUUACUAUCCGAUUGUUCAGCGAACAAGUAUUAGACCUCAAAGACAGAAGAAUAUUGACAAGAAGAUGAAACGGAUUCACGACCCAGAUGAGGACAAGAACGUUACUGAUUUUGUGGAUAUGCGGGUUGAGGACCCUAGUGAGCAGAUGAGGGAUGCAAGGAAUAUAUUUAGGGAGUGUCCGUAUGGCGUAGAUAACGAGGAGGAGGAUGAAGUAGAUGGGGCGCAAUCAGAGCGGCAGAGAGAGAAAUCCAGUACCCCUGAGCAGAGGGUUAUUGAUGAUGGAUCUGGUAGCUGA